GUUAGUGCGCGAUAUGUUGAAUGAGUCUUUCAUGAACGAAACAAGAUAUGACUUUGGAAUUACCCCGCGUUUUUUCAAAUGACCAGGCUACGUUGACCUGCAAGUUUGUCUGAUCAACGUGAUACAUGGUUUUCCUUUGAUAGGUUCUUGAAAUGUCCUGACUCUCUUACAGCUGUAGAGUAAUCAAUAAGAAGGGCCCACCAGUUUUGUGGCCCAUUGAUAUGACUCCAGUUUUAAGGAACGUUUGAAUGUGCCAUGAGAAUAGAUAUAUCCCAUUCAACUCCGUAUAUUACAUCUAUGCUAACCCCGUCUGUCUGACGGUGAUAAUGAGAAGCCAAAUGCGCGUUGAGUCGGACGAAUUCACUUCGGGCACUCGUUUAUUCAGACAGACAAUAAGAAUGAAAAGCGGGACGGGGAAGACAAGUAAACUAAAGGAACUUGAUGAAUAGGGCGAUACACAUGCCCAUAUACAGUCAAGUUAAUGAGUAAGCAAUUGACAAAGUCAAAAUGUGACUGAAGAAGAAUGAACAAAUUGGUCUGUCCGGAGGCCAGAAUAACCCAUAUCGGCUUGACAUAGCGUUUUGACAUUAUGGAUGACGUCAGUUCGUGAUGAAAGCUAUAAAUCUGUUUCCUAACCCUAACCAUCAGCUGAAAAUCAUAAUUCUAAUUCAUCGCACUGGUUUAUAACCCUCGGCUAGCAUUUUUUACUAAGUGGACAUUCCCAAUGUCACUUUAACGUUGCUGUAAGGUCGUCCAUAAAUUAUAGUCUCGUCGAGAUUGAGAUAGGAUUUCCUCAAGAUACUCUGUAGUAAAAGUAAAAUAUUGGUACUAUAAUUUUAAGUAAGACAAAGCAAAGAUAAUGGUGAGAUUUUGUUCGACAGUCGUAUAAUAAUGUUAUUCUAAUAUUAGGGUGUAUUUUAUUGAGUUAAGGAUUCUCUCUGGAUUUUCACUCGGUAAACAACAUAGCUACCCCUCAAAUGCCCUGAUACGGCUGGUGAUGGUGAGAGUCCGCUCUCCCUUUCAUAUUGCUCUCACAUGACCUUGCGUAUACAGGUAUUGCAGGGGUAGUCUUAUUCACUGUUCUCUCGCUGCGGCGGCGUUGUUAAUAAUACUAAGGGGACAAAAAGUGAGUUUCUAGCUAUUUAGCCUGGUUGGUGGAUAUAGAGGAUUCACCUAGGGUAAUUGGAAAACCCUGAUUCCAAACCAAUGGUGCACAUGGGCUUCAGGAUCCUGAGGGAACAAAGGGUGUAUGAACCUAUUGUUGGUGUUCGGAUACUGUGGGGCCGCAUUUCCUAACAUUGCCCUACUGUCUUGUGGAUUAGACCCUUAGUUUAUACCUUAGUUCUGUAUUCUGGGUCGUGAAUCCUUUACCCGAUAUAACGUGGCUAGUUUCAUUAUCGUAUUAACGUAUUGUAAUAUAUCUGAUGGUGAGAAAAAUAUUUUAAAGCAUCCGUUGUAUCAACCUCAGACACUAAAUGUAGUCACUUUACCAAAUAACUACGAUUUCAGUCAUGUGAUUUCGUUCAUGUACUCGAAAAGUUCCAAGUCAUUUCGGCUUCAUCUGCCAUUUUCUUCAAAGAUGCUUCUGAAAUAUCAGUGGUGAAAUUUAUCAGUAGUGUUAGGUUUAAGAAACCUUUACUGGUUCCCACUAUUGUGUUAAAUAUGAACAAUUUCUUUUUUAAAUAUUCAAGAUUCUUAUUGAGAAAAUAAGAACAACAUAUAUGAGCGAACAAUAUUGUAAAGCUUAGAGAAGAUCUAAUUUAUUUUCAGCUUUCCGCUCCCCUCUUGGGUGUUUUGUGUACUUUUAAGAUACAUCAAAUGAAAAACAGUAAAAUACAAAUCAAAAGUAAUCACAAGCAUGUUUUCUGAUCCAUCUGACUUCAUUUUUCGUGUGUAUUGUCUAUCUAUUUUAAAGGGAAUAAUCUCAAUUUGAUACAUUCAAUUAAAUGUCCGAUUCAGAGGAUUCAGAUAUUGGUUUGCUUGUGCAAGCACUGCCAGUUUCGGAUUUUGAUUUGAAUGAUCCACCUAAUCACGAGAAGGCCCUUACAUCACCUGAUGAAUACUUAAAAUUUGUGCGGUAUCAAGCUUCAUCAUUCCCGAGUGUGUUAUGUUGUCAAAAUCCGCCUACAGGUAUGGUCAACCAAACGGCUACCUCAGCAACUGAGUAUUUUAAAUCGACUGACAAUGACAUUCAAAAAACUUGCAAGGUCAUUUCCACGAAGAUUUCAAGACAUUUACAGGAAAAUCAAAUCAAUCAUUUCCGUAAAACUGUUGAUGAAUACCAAUGUUUGAAGUCACUAGUUUUGAGAAAUUUCGAUGAUAUGAUUAAUGUUAAAAGCACUUUGAUAAGUAAAAACCCUAGUGGUGAUGUUGUACACUUACUAUUAAAGUUGUUUCAAGAUGGAGCUAUUUGAUUUCUGCAGGUGAUUAUUGUAGGAAGCAACUUCCUACAGGUGUAACUCUAAGCUAUUCUCUAGACUGUCGAGCACAUAGUCUUAAUAUAGCCAAAGUCAGAACAAUAACUAGAGGAUAGGAAAAAUGAGUCAACAAGGCGAAUGUUGCUUUAUAAUGAACAUAAAAUUGUGAUUGGUGAAUAAACAAGACAUAGUCAUACAAGGUCAAAGAAAGUUAAUGCAGUAGUGGGCGUUUCACCUUAUCAUUGGCAAGUUCGUUCAUCGAUCACACUUCACAAUUAUGUCACAUUAUUAAUGGCUUAGAUAUCUGUUCGAUUCUUCUGAAGUAACUUACCAUUCUAUUGGUAGCUAAGAAGAAAUGUAGACUAACAGAUCCGUUUGUAGUAUGCAAUUGUGACAAAAGACUAGAACUGUUAUUCCAAUAACUAAAACAACAAUACUUGAACACACUCCAUCCUUAACUUGGAUCGCUCAACGAACCAGGUCAGAAAUUAUGACAUUGAUUAAUUUGGUUGCAUCCGUAUGCACCAAAAAGCACUGGAAUUCUAAAUUGAACGUGUGGAUUUUUUCUCUUCUGGUUGCUUUGGAGCCACCAUUCCAUCCAGAUUUAUGCCAUGAUCUUCGCACUAUCGUUAAACGAUGCCGCAAAUUAAGACGGGAUUUCGAGCAGUCAUCAUUUCCUACUACUACUGAUAAUAAUGUGAAACAGUGCAGCGUUGUCGCUGAAGAUAUUGAAUUUUUCAAUUUAUGUAUCAAUCUUAUAUCUCAUACUUUUGGUCAAUCUGAUCUAGCCGAUGAAUUAACUGACUAAAUGAUUUCUGUCUUUCUAUAUUCUUUUUUUAACUGGUAUUCACGUGUAAAUAAUAAUUUUAUUUCACACAUUUCUGCUUUUCUUAAUUUGAACUAUCUAACUAGUGAUACACAUUGGAAUUAAAUAUUCCGUUCAAUUUAUACUUUGUUCGUAUGCCAUUUUAAAAAACUAUUAUUACGAAUUGAACUUACUCCCUAAUUUAAUUUUCUUAGAAGUUCUUUUGUGGUUACGUAUAAAUCAACGAAUUGUAUAAAGCCUUGAUAAACUUAAGUAACCGGAAGUAUAAUUAACGGAUGAUUACUUGUAUUCCGUUUUAUUGUUAAAUAAAUCACUGAGAUUAUGGAGAAUAUUUGUAGCUUGGGAUGAAUAUUUUGAAGGCAUUUUCUCUGAGCUAAAUAGUUUAUUCGUGAACCUUUCAUCGUCUUUUCCGACAACAUUAUCAAUACACAUACUUCAAUAAGAGGUGAUUCAUUAGAAUUUCUCUACAAAUGACUAGCAUGUUGUUUCGUUGAACUAGAAUUUACUGGCUUGUUGUGGCCGUUGUUUACAUGGCUAUUUCUAUUGCUUUGACCUCCGACCUUGCAGCUGUUUAUCCUUUUUCUUUUAAGUUAAUAAGCUGAGUCGACUUCUAUAGGCCUAUUAAUUAGUGCAUCCCCAGAAUCCGGACUUUUAAAAAUUCUCCAACAUUACUUGCAUUUUCUUUAUCCAAUGUUUCCAUGUUUUCCCAGUCGAUCUAAUUUUCAAUGUUGUCUACAUGCAUUGAUAUAUGUAAAGCUAUGUCAUAGGUUUAAACCGAGAGAGGCGUCACUUAUUAAAUUGUACACUCGUGAUACCGUCAAGAAAUACACGAUUAAACAAUUCAGCUCAGAGGACACGACACCUUCAAAAUAAGUCACUUUUAAUAUAUGCACUCUUUAAACUAUCAGAAAAUAUUGUAUCCGAAAAUAUAUAGUCGUUCUGGAAUUUUUGAUGUAUAGUGUAAAUUUUGAUGUUCGAGCUAAUGGUCAUAUUUCAUUUGACCGUUUCCUGGCCUUUGGUUAAGGAAUGUAACGAAAAGUUCAUCUGGUCACUCACUCAUCUUUCAUAGUAAGUCUCAUCCUAAAUCAUCACUGUGCUUAUAAAAGUCGGUCAAGUAUAAAUGCACACUUUUAACUUAAUUUUCUGUUCAUAAAUAGCAAACGACUAAUUUGAUACCAGUGGUAUUAAAAUAAAGUCAACCAACGUGAUAGUCCUUCGUAGUUACGUCAUCUUUUAAUGUCAUGUUUCUUAAUGUUAAAAUAAUCAGUUCUUUGUUACGAAAUCAAUUAUUUUCGCUAACGUCCAAUGUAAAAUUAAUGAUGAACAAAACAACCAAAAAACGUUGAUAAUCAGUUAUUUUCGAACUUGUACUGUUGCAAUAUUUCCUUUUUUCAAGUGAAAUUUCUCUAACUAAGCUGAAGUUUUGCUACGCUGCUGACUUGGCCCUGCUUUUAUGGAGGUU